AUGGCCGGAGAGGGCAGAGAGCUCAGCACCAGGAUGUCCUCAGAAAAUCAGAACAUAGACAACAGGCCCUUCUAUGAGACUGUAUUCAGGCACUUCAAAAGACAAAAGGUGCAGAUUUCAAAUGCAAUUAAAAAGACAUUUCCUUUCUUUGAAGGCCUCCGUGACAAUGAACUCAUCACCAGUAAAAUGUAUGAAGACUGUCAAGAUUCUUGUAGAAACCUGGUCCCUGUACCAAGAGUGGUGUACAAUGUCCUCAGUGAGCUGGAGAAGACAUUUAACCUGUCACUUCUGGAAGCUUUGUUCAGUGAGGUCAACAUGCAGGAAUAUCCUGAUUUAAAUCACAUUUAUAAAAGCUUCGAAAAUGUGAUCCAAGAGAAAGUUAAUUAUGAAGAAAGUAACGGACAAAAGAGGCCGGCCAUCCAACUGAGCCUUGAGCAAGGAACUGGCGGAGACUUUCAUCCCGGCCUGACCUCUUCACAGGCAGUUCCCUUGCCUCGUGAUGGUAUGACCCCACGUGAAAAUGGACUCUCGGAUCGCCUCAGUGAAACAGAGAAGAUGAAUGCGAAGAUGAAAGAUAGAAAAAGCGACCAAGAUGGUGCUCUAGAAAGCCAACAAGCAAAUGAACAAUGUUCACAAGAGUCUGAACCAGCAGGAGCAAAGCCAUACAACCAUGGACUACAAAUCAAUUCCUGUUCUGUCCGUCUAGUGGAUAUAAAGAAGGAAAAGCCAUUUUUCAACUCAGAAGUUCAACUGAAAGCCCAAGCAAGGACUGACUAUAACCAGGUGUCUGACAUAAUAGUGAUCAGCAGUGAGGACUCUGCAGAAUCCAGUGAUGCAGAUGAGUUCCCAGAACCCUCCACACCAACACCAGGAAGGGCGGCUGGGGAUCUUCCUGACCCAGGGAUCGAACCCGAGUGUCCUCCUUGGCAGGCGGAUACUUUACUAUUGAGCCACUUGGGAAGCCAAUGUAGCCCGAUUAAGAUAGAGCCCAGGAACUUCAGAAAAACAACCACAUCCAGAAAAAGGGCUUGGCAAAGAGUGAUGCUAAGUGAAGAGUCUUUAGAGGCCAGCGAGGACGAGGCACUCUGGGGAACACAGAGCUCAACCCUGCGGAGUGGUCCUGAUGAGGAUCCUACAGAUAUUGGAAACACAUCGAUUCACAGUAGAAGUAAUAGGAAAAGAUGGAUGUGCAGUAGUGAUUCUUCAGACUUGAGUAACGAAGGAGAGCCUUAG